AUGGCCCCCAACACCCUCACCACCGGCCAAGACGACGUCGCCGCGCCCGCUCCCAUCCCACCCGGGACAUCUGCUGCCCCCCACCUCGAGGACGCCCCCCGCCAGCCCAAUUCCUCCACCGGCCAGAACACCACCACCGCCGCCUCAGUCCUCCAGCAGCAAUCCCAUCCGUCCUCGUCCCCGUCCCCGUCCCCGUCCCCCGCCGAGAAGCCCGCCCCGCAGCCCCUACAGCUCCUCUACACCUUCGGCUGGCUCACGGUCUUCUCGAUCCUCGGCACACUCGCGCGCCUGGGCCUCACCGCCCUCACCACCUACCCCGGCGCCCCCCUCGUCGGCGGCGUCAUCUGGGCCAACUUCACCGGCAGCGCGAUAAUGGGCUUCCUCGUCGAGGACCAGCGCCUCUCACGCCACAACCCGUCCCUCCCGCUCUACAUCGGCCUCACAACAGGCUUCUGCGGCAGCCUCACAAGCUUCUCCAGCUUCCUCCUCGGCGUGUUCGAGAACCUCUCCAACACGCUCCCGGCAUACGACGGCCGCCCCACGCGCGGGUACAACCUUCUCGCAGCACUGGGCUACCUGAUCGCCACGCUCUCGCUGUCAUUCAGCGGGCUACAGGUCGGCGCGCAGGUCGCCAUGUUUGCGCGGCCAUUGAGGCUGGCGCUGCCGCGUCUGGACUGGGCGGCGGUGCCGCUGGCAGGAGUGUGUUGGGUGGGCGCGGCGUUGCUGUGCGCUUUUGUGCCGAGGUGGCGGGAGGUCGCGUUGUAUGCGUGCCUGUUUGCGCCUGUUGGGACGGCUACGCGGUUCUUGGUGGGGCGGUGGGUGAAUCCUGUUGUGAAGACGUUCCCGCUGGGGACGUUUGCGGUGAAUGUUGUGGGGACGGCGGUGCUGGCGGGGGUGGGUGUGGGGAGGUAUAGGGUUGUGGGCGGGGAGGCGGCGUGUGGUGUGGUGAGGGGCGUGGGGGAUGGGUUCUGUGGGUGUUUGACGACGGUUAGCACGUUUGUGGUGGAGGUGAGGGGGUUGAGGAGGGGGCAUGCGUAUGUCUAUGCGGGGUUGAGCGUGCUGGUGGGCAUGGCGGUCAUGGUGUUGGUGCUGGGGAGCUAUACCUGGACACACAACGUCAAUACCGCAAUCUGUUAG